CUCUACACUCACCUUAAAAGCAGUAACAGAAACUCCAACCACUGCAAAACUACAAUACCACAAAAAUUGACAAAAACUAAAUUAGAAAUAUGAUUUAUCACAAACAGAAGCACAUGAUGUCCGCUUGCUUGGUCUUUCUGGCUGACCCUGAAUUGAGAACAAUCCAUUCAGCACAGGCUGAACAUGGAAACAAGCAGAGUGGUCUCCUCAGGAGGACACACUGUUUUGACUCUGUUCUCAAGCAGAGAUGGAAACAGAGCUGCACGUCCUUUUACCCUGCACACAAUCCAAAUAAACAUGACUAAUAAUUUAUAACAGGCAUAGAAACCUACUGUUUUCUCUGUUCUGUUCAAUUAUUCGUUCCCUCCGUGAUUGUGACGAGAUACAACACAUCUAGCUGCUAGUUUGACACACUAUCUUUCCUCUCUGAGUAAUAGUUGGAGUUGGAUACUCGGAGGCAGAUUCUCAAGUUUACAUGAAUUGUUUACAUGAAUGAAUUAUGUUUUCUUAAUAUUUUUGUUGUAUUUCAGUAUUUUGAUGUAAUUUUCAUUGUUAGAGCGAUCAUUCACAUGCAGUAAUCAUUGUUACUCUUUGCUUUGGCAAAAAAUACUGCUCUGUAUCUUGAUAGUAAAGCUUAUUUUAAUAUAGGAGAUGUAGAUUUAUUUUCUCAAGUGUAGCCUAUAAAACUGUAAAAUGUUUCAAUUCUACAGAACAAGUAACAGAACGCCACGCAGAGGAGCAAAAGCUGUCCACACAGACUGUUGAAAAGGAAAAGACAGUACAUUGAUGUAAAUGGAGAAGCAGCAGUGUCAACAAGAGAAAUUGGACUUCCAUACAAUUUUUAAGUGCUUUGCAUUGAAACGCAAACAGCAUCACUUCUCUCUAAAGUAAUCCAUUACUGACAAUUAAUGUCAAACUGUACGCUGGAGCAGCUUAAUGCUGCCUCGCUGGGUGAAAAAUUGCUAAUGGAAAGAAAGCCUUAUAAGAUCCAACUCAUCAAAAUACACCUAAAUGCAGCAUAAUGCCUUCGAAAGUGUCAUGUUUAUACCUGUUGACAGUGGUCUGCUGGGCGAGCGCUCUGUGGUACUUGAGUAUAUCUCGCCCAACAUCCACUUAUGUUGGCCAGAUGUCUCUGCCUGUACGGAAGACUGUGAAACCUCACAAAAACAUCACCUUCACCAACAUCCACACCCGCCCACUCAACCCACAUGCCUUUGAAUUUGUCAUCAAUGAGCCGAAGAAAUGCGAAAGUGUCACUCCCUUUCUGGUCAUCCUCAUCAGCACCACGCACAAGGAGUUUGAUGCUCGGCAAGCCAUCCGGGAGACCUGGGGGGAUGAGAGCACCUUCAGCGACAUCCGCAUCCUCACCAUCUUUCUGCUGGGAAGGAACACGGAUGCCGUCCUGAACCAGAUGGUAGAGCAGGAGAGCCAGAUUUUCCAUGACAUCGUGGUGGAGAACUUCAUUGACUCUUACCACAACCUCACCCUCAAGACCAUGAUGGGUAUGCGCUGGGUGGCUACCUUCUGCCCUAAAGCACAGUAUGUCAUGAAGACAGACAGUGAUAUCUUUGUCAACAUGGACAAUCUGAUCUACAAGCUCCUGAAGCCCACCACCAAGCCAAGAAGGAGAUAUUUCACCGGCUAUGUGAUAAACGGUGGUCCUAUAAGGGACAUGCGCAGUAAGUGGUACAUGUCCAGAGACCUGUAUCCUGACAGUAAAUACCCACCUUUCUGUUCAGGCACUGGCUACGUGUUCUCAGCAGAUGUGGCUGAGCUAAUCUUCAAGACUUCAUUACACACAAGACUGUUGCACCUGGAGGAUGUGUAUGUGGGACUGUGUUUGCGUAAGCUGGGUAUACACCCUUAUCAGAACAGUGGUUUUAAUCACUGGAAAAUGGCCUACAGUCUCUGCAGGUACAGACGGGUUAUCACCGUCCACCAGAUUUCCCCUGAAGAGAUGCACCGCAUUUGGAAUGACAUGUCCAGCAAGAAGCACCUGAGAUGUUAGGGGACAGGUGGAUCAGUGAAAAACAACAACUUUAUUUUGCCUUUUUCUCCUUUUCAAACUUCAUCAGUCACACACUGAGUAAUGUAAAAAAACAGUGAGGGCUGCUGUGAGUCUCUAUUUCAUGACAGAUGUUUUCAUUGACAUCCAUCUAUAUGUCUAUUUCUGCUGAUUACACCUCAUGGUUGUUAAUGAAUGCAUGAGGCUUGUAAAGCACGUAUUCUCAUGCAUAAUUAAAAUGUGGUGUUGUUAUUGAAAGUCAUUUUGUUCCAGGUCCAACUUAAGCAGAACAUUACUUAACAUGCAUUAAGUCAAUCAGUGUCAACCAUUAACAGGUUCACAAGUCCAUGCCCAUAUGUACAUUGAAAGAGUUUUUGAUCUACGUAAUUGUUCCUCCUGUCAAUCCCUUCCUAAAAGCGAAUUCAGUAUAAGAGAUGGGGAACAAAAUCUGUUGUUCUGCUUGAAAAUGCACAAACUUGAUCAAAGCUGAUAUAGAGCUUUAGUGGUCUGAGUUAGACAAAUGUUCAGUUUAGUACCAAAUUCAUGCUUUGUGUUACUGUUCCUCUGCUGUGGCUCAGCAAGGAAACACUGUCCAUAGAAACACAUAGAGGGAACUCCAUAUUAAAACAUUUUAACUUUGAAAGAAGACACUUUAUAUGUCUAACUUAGACUGCUGAAGCCUCAUAUCAGCUGAAUUGUGGAAUUCGCUUUUACACAAAAUGAGGACUGUGGAUUUUGUCCUCCAUCACUGAUGUUGAAAUCGCUUGAAAAAGGGAUCAAUUAUAGUGGCCAUUAACCUUUUCAAUGUACAUAUGGGUAUGUCAGUAUUGUUUUUAAGGGGACAUAUUAUGGUUUUAUACUGUUAUGAUGUCAAAUGUCAAACACAGUCACAGGUCCAAAAUGAAUGGUGAAUUGCGUGGUAAUGCUUGCUUUGGUUGCAAUGUUACCUUUCCCACCUCCUUGUGAUGAUGUCAGAUUGUUCAGGCAUGCCCACACACAGCUGUCUGUUGGUAGCCUUUGUUGUUAAGGUUCACGUUGUCUGCUUGCAUAAGUCAGAUCAGAUUUGGGCUCGGCUGGAUGUAUUUGUGAAUUUUUCAUCUCAAGUAAAAAACAAAAAAAAGAAAUGAAAUAGUACUACUACUGUUUGUUUAUGUUGCUUCUCGAGCUGCCAGAAGUCAGCUGAGGGGCAGCUCAAUCAGACCCACAACCACAACAAAUGGGCUCAUCGGGAAGGGCAGCCUUAAAGAGACAGGAGCUGAAAUGGACAGUAUAAAUGGCCAGUAUAAGAUAAAU